ACAACUAUCUAUUUCGCUAGGUUUGUACAGCGUUUGGGGGCUAAAAGUUCAGCCUUUUCCGAUUUGCAUCAAAUUCAACACACAACAACAUCGUUUGAAAGAGGAAAUGGCUGGAAAAUCAAGCAAGGGGAGGAACAAAAAAGGGUCUCAGCAUAUUUCUAGUACUUCAGAACCAGCAGUCCAUUCUGAUCUUCCUGUGAAGAAUAACGACGAAGGCACCUUAGAAUCUGCAAAAGCUGACAUGGCUGAAGCUGCUGCAAUUGGUGAUUCUAUUGGUGUCAAUCCAGAGUUGAAGGAACAUGAAACUGCAACGUCGGAAGGGAGCCAACAAAAGCAAGGUGAUCUUCAACUUUACCCUGUUUCUGUUAAAACACAAACUGGGGAGAAACUUGAGCUUCAGUUGAAUCCUGGAGAUUCUGUCAUGGAUGUACGACAGUUCCUCCUUGAUGCUCCUGAGACGUGUUUUAUCACAUGCUAUGAUUUACUGUUGCAUACGAAGGAUGCAUCAACACAUCACCUGGAAGAUUAUAAUGAAAUUUCAGAAGUAGUUGAUAUUACUACUGGUGGUUGCUCCUUGGAAAUGGUCCCAGCAUUUUAUGAUGAUCGAUCUAUAAGGGCCCAUGUUCACCGUACAAGGGAGUUGCUUUCCCUUUCUAAUCUCCAUGCUUCACUAUCAACAUCGCUUGCCCUACAGAAUGAGGUAGCACAAAAUAAAUCUGCAAAUUCGACAGAUGCCUUGAAACCUGAAGUUCCUGAGCUCGAUGGGCUUGGUUAUAUGGAGGACAUCUCUGGUUCAUUGGGUAAUUUGUUAUCAUCCCCAUUGAAGGAUAUUAAAUGCGUAGAGAGCAUAGUGUUUUCAUCCUUCAAUCCUCCUCCGAGCUAUAGAAGGCUUCUUGGAGAUUUGAUUUAUUUGGAUGUGAUCACUCUUGAGGGUAAUAAAUUUUGUAUUACGGGAAGUACAAAAAUGUUUUAUGUCAACUCGAGCUCAGCGAACACUCUUGACCCAAGGCAAAGUAAAGCUACUUUUGAAGCAACAAAUCUUGUUGCUCUCUUACAAAAGAUUAGCCCUAAGUUCAAAAAAGCUUUUCGGGAAGUAUUGGAGGGUAGAGCAGCUGCCCAUCCUUUUGAAAAUGUGCAAUCUUUGUUGCCACCUAAUUCUUGGCUUGGGUUAUACCCUGUUCCUGACCACAGACGUGAUGCAGCCCGAGCUGAGAAUGCUUUGACUCUUCUUUAUGGCAAUGAGCCAAUUGGCAUGCAAAGAGACUGGAAUGAAGAGCUGCAGUCCUGUAGGGAAUUUCCUCAUACAACUCCACAGGAGAGGAUUUUGCGGGAUAGGGCACUUUAUAAAGUGACAUCAGACUUUGUUGAUGCAGCUAUUAAUGGUGCUAUUGGAGUGAUCAGUGGCUGCAUUCCUCCAAUAAACCCAACUGACCCUGAAUGUUUUCACAUGUAUGUGCACAACAAUAUAUUCUUUAGUUUUGCUAUUGAUGCGGACCUUGAGAAGUUGUCAAAGAAAUGUGUGGAUUCUAAUUCAAAAACUUGGAGCUCUGCGACUUUGCAAAGUUCUUCUGAUAAAGCUUCCAUUCCACUUCAUGGAGAAACUCAGGUUCCUAAUGGGGGAAAAGAUACUGGUUCAAGUUCAGAUGAUCUUAAUGGCACAGAAACCACUCAAGAUGCUUCUCCAGAAGCUCAGCUGGCUGAGAAUGAGCAAGCCACAUAUGCUUCUGCAAACAAUGAUUUGAAGGGAACAAAGGCUUACCAAGAAGCAGAUGUUGCUGGACUUUAUAAUCUUGCUAUGGCUAUAAUUGACUACAGGGGGCAUAGAGUGGUAGCUCAGAGUGUAUUACCAGGCAUUCUUCAAGGGGACAAGUCAGACUCUCUCUUGUAUGGCUCUGUUGACAAUGGAAAGAAAAUUUGCUGGAAUGAAGAUUUUCAUUCUAAGGUGUCAGAGGCUGCAAAACGCCUUCAUUUGAAGGAACAUUUAGUCCUUGAUGGCUCUGGAAAUGUUUUCAAAUUAGCUGCACCAGUUGAAUGCAAGGGAAUUGUUGGUGGUGAUGACCGACACUACCUUCUGGAUUUGUUGAGGGUAACUCCUCGUGAUGCCAACUAUACUGGGCCUGGUUCUCGAUUUUGUAUCUUGAGGCCAGAAUUAAUUACUGCCUUUUGCCAGGCCCAAGCAGCAGAGGCAUUGAAACCUACCAAGGUGAAUUCUCAAGAGGCUGACAAUUUGGCCACUGAUUCCGGAAAGGCAACUGAUUCUGACCAGAUGGUAAAUGAUUCCCAAGAUGCUGGUGAUGCUGAUCAGCUGGUGAAUGAUUCCCUAAAAGCUGCUGAUGCUGACACACUGGUGAACGAUUCCCAAAAUGUUGCAGAUGCUUACAAGCCAGAUUCAACAAACGAAAACAAAACUGAGGAUGUAAAAGAAUUUGCUUCUGUGACUGCCAAGGCCUCUGAUGGUAGUGAGGAUAUUGUUUUUAAUCCUAACGUCUUCACUGAAUUCAAACUUGCUGGGAGCCCAGAGGAAAUAGCAGCUGAUGAAGAUAAUGUUAGAAAAGUUGGUCAAUAUCUUAUUGAUGUUGUACUUCCAAAAUUUAUACAAGACUUAUGUACACUUGAAGUUUCACCUAUGGAUGGCCAGACAUUAACUGAAGCACUGCAUGCUCAUGGAAUUAAUGUUCGCUAUAUUGGCAAAGUAGCUGGAGGGACUAAACAUCUACCUCAUCUGUGGGAUCUUUGCAACAAUGAGAUUGUUGUUAGAUCUGCCAAGCAUAUUAUCAAGGAUUUAUUGAGGGAGACAGAGGACCAUGAUCUUGCACCAGCUGUAUCUCAUUUCUUAAACUGCCUAUUUGGAAGUUGUCAAGCUCCCAGUGGCAAAGCUACCACUAAUAGCACUCAGUCCAAAACUCCUAAAAAGGAACAUGCUGGUCAACGGUCUCCAGGAAAACAUUCCAAAGGGCAAGCUCGAUGGAAAGGCAGGUCUUCAUUAAGAAAGACUCAACCUUUGUACAUGAGUGUCAGCUCGGAAGCUCUUUGGUCAGACAUUCAAGAAUUUGCCUCGGUUAAGUACAAGUUUGAAUUGCCCGAGGAUGCAAGGUCGCGCGUUAAGAAAAUUUCUGUUAUACGAAAUCUUUGUCUUAAGGUUGGUAUAACAGUUGCAGCUCGUAAAUAUGAUCUUAGUUCUGCAACUCCCUUCCAAACGUCUGAUGUCUUGGAUAUCCGUCCAGUGGUCAAGCAUUCAGUUCCUUCCUGUUCGGAAGCCAAGGAACUUGUCGAAACUGGGAAACUUCAAUUGGCUGAGGGUAUGCUUAGUGAAGCCUACACUUUAUUCUCCGAGGCAUUCUCAAUUCUACAACAGGUUACUGGUCCCAUGCAUCGGGAGGUUGCUAAUUGCUGUCGAUAUCUUGCCAUGGUUUUGUAUCAUGCUGGAGAUAUGGCCGGGGCUAUUAUGCAACAACACAAGGAACUAAUUAUAAAUGAACGCUGUCUUGGUUUAGAUCAUCCUGACACUGCUCACAGUUACGGAAAUAUGGCUCUGUUUUACCACGGACUUAACCAGACAGAACUUGCCCUUCGCCAUAUGUCCCGUGCUUUGCUUUUAUUAAGUUUGUCAUCAGGGCCAGAUCAUCCUGAUGUUGCAGCAACAUUUAUCAAUGUUGCAAUGAUGUAUCAGGAUAUAGGAAAGAUGAACACAGCUCUUCGAUAUCUGCAAGAAGCUUUAAAGAAGAAUGAAAGGCUUCUUGGCGAGGAACAUAUUCAAACUGCUGUUUGUUAUCAUGCUCUUGCCAUUGCAUUUAAUUGUAUGGGUGCUUUCAAGCUCUCGCAUCAGCAUGAGAGGAAAACAUAUGAUAUACUUGUCAAACAACUUGGUGAAGAUGAUUCAAGGACACGAGAUUCACAGAAUUGGAUGAACACUUUCAGGAUGCGAGAACUGCAGAUGAAUGCCCAAAAGCAAAAGGGUCAAGCUCUGAACGCAGCUUCGGCUCAGAAGGCUAUCGAUAUCCUGAAGGCACACCCUGAUUUGAUUCAUGCAUUCCAAGCUGCUGCAGUUGCUGGGGGAUCUGGAAGUUCAAGUGCAUCUGCAAACAAAUCUCUGAAUGCUGCAAUAAUGGGUGAGGCCCUCCCCAGAGGAAGAGGAAUUGAUGAAAGGGCUGCACGUGCAGCUGCUGAAGUUAGGAAGAAGGCUGCAGCAAGGGGCCUGUUGGUGCGUCCCCAUGGUGUACCAGUCCAAGCCUUGCCACCUCUUACCCAACUUCUGAAUAUCAUAAACUCAGGUGCAACUCCAGACACUGUGGAUAAUGGGAAUGCAGAUGGAGCAAAGGAAGAAACAAAUGGCAUUCCUCCAAGUGAUUCAACUGAUGUCAACAAAGGCCAAACAGUUCCUGUGCAAGAACAGGCUCCUGUUGGAUUAGGCAAGGGAUUGUCAUCCUUGGACUCCAAGAAACAGAAGGCCAAACCAAAAGCUGGAGCUUGAAAUUUUGAACUUGUAAGCUCUGGUAGUUGGAAGUGGUAGAUUUAUUUCAGAUCAAUAUUCUUUGAGAUGGUUGGGUUAACCAGGUACUUUGCUCAGCUUUUGUUUUUUUCUGAAGAGUUCUGUAGCGAUCAGAAGUAAUUUUGUUUUUCUUUUAUUGGCCUUUGCUCCUUAGGUUUGGUAGAUUUAGACCUCCAGAAUGAAUGUGAUUGUUAUCAAGUACAUUGUUAAUUUUUUGUUCUGGGCGAUUGCUGAUAAUUUUUCAAUAAACUCUAUAUUCCGAGAUGCAGGGUAAGAACUGUCAUUUUGAUAAUGAAACCCUGUAUCCAUGACAAAUUUAAUUUUACUGCUGAAUUAAGGCAAAUUAAAUGCAUAAUCUACUGUGUAGAAAAUUUUGCUGCAACUUUUGUAUGACAUUAUCAUCUUUAAUAAUAUGAUGGCAAUUCUUUCUGUGGAUUGCUUGAUCCUGAAUUUUACUA